CGCACAGAGUGUAAAAAACACACUCACUCAACUCACACAAAAACACAGAGAGAAAGAAAGAAAGAAAGAAAGAAAGAGAGAGAAGAGAGAAAAAGAGUGUUACAGGGAAACUUGUCAUUUACAGACUCUACUGACUCUCCUUCACCAACCAACACUCUCCACCUGACUCCCAGACCGCCAUUUUUAACGGACUUAUAUUCUCUCUCUAAACCCUAACUCUCUUUCUCUCAUUCUAGGGUUUCGAAUACUCUAUCACUGUGUCUCAAUGAAUCUAUAAUAAGGAAAGGUUUGUUUAGUUUCUUACAUUUCUUUUUUUGCUGAGUGUGCAAUGAAUCUCUCACUCACACUUCUUCUUCUUCUCACUCUUUCUCUACCUCCACUACUUCACUCCGCCUCCAACUCGGAGCUCCGAUCCUUACUCGAAUUCAAGAAAGGGAUCCAGCUUGACCCCCACGGUGUCGUUUCGUCUUGGGACACGGCUGCCGUCGCAACGUUGGACGCCAAUGACUGUCCCUCAGCCUGGCGCGGCGUCUCCUGCGAAGGCGGCGACGGCGCAGACUCCGGCAAUGUCACCGCUAUCGUCCUCGAAGGUCUCGCACUCGCCGGCGAGUUGAAGUUUCACGCCCUCACUGAACUCAAAGCGCUCAGAAACCUCAGCCUCGCCGGAAACAACUUCACCGGCCGGGUCGAGCCGGUUCUCGGCACGAUCACUACUUUGCAGUAUUUGGAUCUAUCCAGUAACAGCUUCUACGGCCCGAUCCCGGCCCGGAUUAACGAUCUCUGGGGAUUGAAUUACUUGAAUUUCUCUCAAAACAACUUCUCCAGUGGGUUUCCGAGCGGAAUCCAGAACUUACAGCAAUUGAAAACGUUGGAUAUGCACGGAAAUGGUCUAUGGGGCGACAUUGCCGAAUUGUUAUUGGAGUUGAAGAAUGUGGAGUACGUGGAUUUGAGUUUCAACGAGUUUUUCGGUUCGAUUUCAACGAAUUCCAGUGUUAUUACCAGCUUAGCCAAUACAGUUCGUCACUUGGACUUGAGCCACAACAACUUGAGCGGUGGGUUUUUAGCGAGUGACUCAGUACAAUUGUUUCGGAACUUGGAGGUUUUGGAUUUAGGAGAUAAUCAGAUUACUGGAGAGCUUCCUUCAUUGAGUUCGAUGCCAAGAUUGCGGAUUUUGAGGUUGGGAAGGAACCAAUUUUCUGGGUCGAUACAAGAGGAGUUGUUAGAGAGUUCUGUGGCAUUGGAGGAAUUGGAUCUCAGUGGCAAUAGGUUUACAGGUUCACUUCUUGGAAUUAACUCCACAAGUUUGAAUUUUUUGAAUCUUUCGACAAAUAUGAUCUCCGGUGACAUAUCAAUUAUGCAAAAUUGGAGUUCUGAACUACAGGUUCUUGAUUUGAGUUCAAACAAACUGUCAGGAACCUUGCCUUCAGGUCUGGGGAUCUAUUCUACUUUGUCCUCAGUUGACCUCAGUUUAAAUGAACUUAGUGGGUCGAUUCCUAGUAGUUUCUUCACGUCAUUGACCUUGACAAGCUUGAAUCUUUCAGGAAAUAAUUUUUCGGGUCCAAUUCCUCUUCAAGGUUCACAUGCAAGUGAAUUAUUAGUUCAAACAACAAAUCUGCGGAUAGAGUAUCUUGAUCUCUCUGCUAAUUAUUUUACAGGUGUCUUGCCUUCAGACAUAGGAAACAUCCCCAGUCUCAGAUUACUGAAUCUAGCAAGGAAUAACUUUUCAGGACAGCUACCUAUUGAAUUGAGUAAACUCACUAGCCUGGAGUACCUUGAUCUAUCUGUCAACAAAUUUAUGGGUAAUAUCCCUGAUAACCUUCCAUCCAGCCUUAAAGUAUUUAAUGUGUCAGACAAUGAUCUAUCAGGCAACAUUCCAGAAAAUUUAAAACAUUUUCCUCAAUCUUCAUUUGCUGGAAAUAAGGAUCUCAACUUAGGCAAAGGUGUGCCAGAUCACCUUUCUGGUCAAAAGAAACAUGAGAAGUCCAAAGGGAAUAUUAGGUUAGCAAUCAUUCUUGCCUCUGUUGGUGCUGCUGUGAUGAUUGUUUUUGUUUUAGUGGCUUAUCACAAAGCACAUAUUAAAGAAUUUCAUGGAAGAAGUGGAUUUAAUGAUCAAAAUACAGGGAGAGAUGUUAAGUUAGGAAGGUUUACUCGGCCUUCCCUCUUCAAUUUUCACAGAAAUGUUGAGCCCCGGCCAACUUCCAUGAGCUUUUCAAAUGAUCACUUGCUGACUUCAAAUCCAAGGUCAUUACCUGGGCAGACAGAGUUCCUGACUGAAACAGUUGAGCAUGUUUUACCUGAGGGAGUAUCAGCUACUUCAGCAACUGUGAAUUCGAAUGUGCUAGAUCAUAAUCCUGCCACAUCUGGAAGGAGAUCCUCCCCAGGUUCGCCAUUAUCUUCCUCACCACGUUUUAUAGAGGGGUCUGAACAACCUGUGAUGUUGGAUGUCUACUCACCAGAUAGAUUUGCUGGAGAAUUGUUCUUCUUGGAUACUUCACUUGCAUUCACUGCUGAGGACUUAUCUCGUGCUCCGGCAGAAGUACUUGGCAGAAGCAGCCAUGGUACCCUGUACAAAGCUACUCUAGAUAAUGGACAUAUGUUGACUGUGAAGUGGUUACGGGUGGGACUGGUCAAGCAUAAGAAAGAAUUAGCUAGAGAAGUUAAAAGGAUUGGCUCUAUAAGGCAUCCACACAUUGUUCCAUUACGAGCAUAUUAUUGGGGGCCCAGAGAACAAGAGAGGCUUCUUUUAGCAGAUUAUGUGCGGGGAGAUAGCUUAGCCCUACAUCUUUAUGAAACCACACCUCGGAGAUACUCCCCAUUAUCUUUCAGUCAAAGACUAAAAGUUGCCACUGAAAUUGCAAACUGCCUGUUAUACCUUCAUGAUAGAGGCCUGCCUCAUGGAAACCUCAAGCCAACAAAUAUACUCUUGGAAGGCCCUGAUUACACUGCUCGCCUUACUGAUUAUGGUCUCCACCGCCUGAUGACGGCAGCUGGCAUUGCAGAGCAAAUAUUAAAUCUGGGAGCGCUUGGAUACUGUGCUCCAGAACUUGCUACUGCAGUUAAGCCAGUCCCAUCAUUCAAGGCCGAUGUGUAUGCACUUGGGGUGAUUCUAAUGGAAUUGUUAACCAGGAGAAGUGCGGGUGACAUAAUAUCGGGUCAGUCGGGGGCUGUUGACCUUACAGAUUGGGUUCGAUUAUGUGAUCAGGAAGGACGGAGAAUGGACUGUAUUGACAGAGACAUUGCAGGUGGGGAAGAACCCUCCAACGCAAUGGAUGAAUUGCUUGGAGUAUCACUUCGGUGUAUUCUCCCCGUAAAUGAGAGGCCUAACAUCAGACAAAUCUUUGACGAGCUCUGUUCUAUAUCUAUCUGAAAUUUUUGUACAUGCGUCUUGGAAUUAGUUUUUUUUUUUCUUUCUCGUUCCUUGACACAAUUGUUGUUUUUUCCUCCAUUCUUUCCCCCUUAAUUGGUUUCAAGCCUUCUGAUUUUGGGCUAAUUAUCACAUUCUUUUGUUAUUUUGAAGAUCUUGUAAAGAGACAUGCCAUCCAUUGAUUAUUUGAUAGUGCUUGAGUUUGAUCUAAAGUGGAAAAAGGAUUGUGAUUCA